UCAAACGGGGUCGAAAUGGUGACGGGUGGCAGCUCCCGGUGCCCCGGGGGGUGCCCCCGUCCCUGUCCCCGUUCCUGUCCCCGCCCCGGUGCCCCGCCCCCCCGGGGGCCGCCCCCACCGGCCGGCGGCGCGCGCAGCCCGGAAGCGGCGGCGGCGGCACCCGGAAGCGGCGGAGGGGCAGGAUGGACGUUCACAGCCAAGCAGCUGGAGAAGCUCGCUAAAAAGGCUGAGAAGGACUCCAAGGCGGAGCAGGCAAAGGUCAAAAAGGCCCUUCAGCAGAAGAACGUGGAAUGUGCUCGUGUCUACGCGGAGAAUGCCAUCCGCAAGAAGAACGAGGGGCUCAACUGGCUCCGCAUGGCUUCCCGCGUGGAUGCUGUGGCCUCCAAGGUGCAGACGGCAGUGACCAUGAAAGGGGUGACAAAAAACAUGGCUCAGGUGACUAAGGCUCUAGACAAGGCUCUGAGCUCCAUGGACCUGCAGAAGGUGUCUGCCGUGAUGGAUAAAUUCGAGCAGCAGGUCCAGAAUUUGGAUGUUCAUACGUCGGUCAUGGAGGACUCCAUGAGCUCUGCCACCACCCUGACCACGCCGCAGGAGCAGGUGGACAGCCUCAUCGUGCAGAUCGCCGAGGAGAACGGCCUGGAGAUCAUGGACCAGCUCAGCCAGCUCCCCGAGGGGGCUUCGGCGGUGGGCGAGAGCUCGGUGCGCUCCCAGGAGGACCAGCUGUCACGGAGGUUGGCUGCCUUGCGGAAUUAAGGUCUCCUGCCUCCCCCGCGGACUGCUGCCACACUGCUUGUAUGGUGUGUGGGGUCGGAGGGACCCAGGACUCCUUCCCCUCUGCCCGUUACGUCCUUGCUCUGACCUGCUGGCCGGGCAGGGCCGGCCCCUCCUGCAGCAGCACGUCCCCAGCCCUGCCCACCUCCCUGCAAGACUUCUUUUGGGGUGCGACGGUGACCAGAGCAGGCAGAGAUCCCGGCGGGGGGGAUGGAGCAAGGGCAGCCCUUCUCCGGGCUUGACGGAUGCUUCGCUGGUUCUGAUUUUAGGGUGAUUUUUAGGGUGAUUUUAGGGUGUUUUUCAUUUGAGGGGCGCUGCGGGUUUCUCGCAGCGCCCCCUGAUGCGCCGUGCCACUCCUGAUUUAACACUGAACGAAUCCUUCUGGGGGUGGGUUGUGGCAGCUCCCGGGGUGCUGGUUGCCUGCCUCCUCCGUGCGUAGCACGCCCGGUACCUGCUGCAGGGCCUCCCAGCUGUGGGCAGCACCCAGCAGGAGCCCGCAGCGAGCAGCUGUGCCCUUGGCAUUGCGGCAGGAGGGCUGGGGGCUCACUCCCCGCGGGGCUGUGGUGUUUUUGGGGGGCUUUGUGCCUUGCAGGAAGGCGGGGGUACACCUCCACACCUCUGGCCUAGCAGCGCCCUCCCCCAGCUGCCCGGUUCGUAGCCAUACCUGCUGGCCCUGCUUGCAGACCUCGCCUUGCCCACCCGCCUGGUCCUGGCAGGCUGAUCCUCCCCGCGUCUCUACCACGAAGUGGCCUUUGAAACGCUCGUCCUGCCCCGUAAAUCCCCCCCCGUGCCCCCUCCCCGUGCUGCAGGCAGCGAGUUACCGGGGUUGUGACCGUCCCGGCCGGAUGGGCGCACCGGGGCGGGUGCCAAACCCUCCUGGGCACGCAUCCACCUGGCCCCUGGGUCCCCCUCCUGCCCUCCUCUGCCCCCACCUUGCCACAUCCCCGUGCCCGGGGGGCUCGCAGGGGGCUGGGUGGGAGGCACGGUGGUCAGGGAAAUGGGGCUGCCCGGGGCUGAGGCUCCCAGCACCCCAUCUCCUUGAGGUACCAAGUGGGUGGGAAGCUUGCGGGAAGGAAAUUCGGCUUCCUUUGGCUCUUGGGGGGAGGAGGAAUUUCAGCCCUUUUCCUGCAGGCCAUGAGCGAGGACUCUACGGCUGCCCGGCCCCACAGUGCCUGCACGCGGCUGCAGCUCCCCUCCUUCAGCUUUAGCGGGGAUUUUCAGUCCCACACAGCAGCUGCACGGGGCCGGGCUGAGAGCGGGGGCUAUCGGGGGACAGGGGAAGCGUGGGGACGGGCGGCAGCCCCCGCACCCCUCCGGUGCUGGCACCCGGCCCGGCUCAGGCCACAGACACAGGGCAGGGCACGCUCCAAGCCGGGGCCAUCUCAGUGCUCGUGACAAAAACACUUCGUGCUGUUUGGGUUAGUUUUUUUUCUAAGUUCAGUGGCCUUGGCUGCAUGUGUCUAGCUGAGAGAGCCUUCCGCCCUCGUGUGCUGUGGCGGGGGGGUGUGUGGGGGGGGUGACAACAGGGCAGCAGAAGGCACUUGGGGCUGCAAAGCCGCUUGUGCACGGCGCCUGCACCACGGAGCGGGGCUGCCACCAGCACCUGGCCCUGCAUCAGCACCGGGCUGGGGGCUGGGAUGUACCCCCCAGCCCCUGGAACCGCCCCCCCUUCCCCUGUGAUGUUUGUCUCGAUUCCUGUUGGGUUCGUGUUGUUGUGUUUUUGUUUUUCUCUUUUUUUUUUUAAGCUUGUCUCCGUUGCCUUUUUCUUCUCUACCACACUGUUGAUUACCUUCUGCUAUUUUAAAUAAAAACUGCCUGAACAUCC